CAAUAUCGGAUGUGUCAAUGUCAAACUUCAUAAUAAUUCUUGUAAAAGUACAUAAUACAAUUUUACCAUUAUAAUAAUAAUAGUUCAAAUUCAAACUAAGUUUGACAUUGUGGUACUGUUUCAAUUGAAAGAAGUGAGUUAACCAGUGAUGUCAAAUCAAUAGUGUAUUUAUGGACAUUUAAAAAUUUUGUAUCUAUUCUAAACUUCCAAAUAUGUCGUAUUCAAUUCUUACCGAAGAUAGCAAGAGUUUAUCUAGAAAGCUGGAGGGAUUAUCUAACAACGAACUUGAUGAAAUCUUGAAUGACGAUGCUAAAAUAGAAGACAUAUUAAGCAAUGCUGAUCAGACUUACUUGAAAGAGAUUCAGAAUGAAAAAGAAACAGUAAUAGCAACAAAUGAGUCUAUGGCGGAAAUGAAUCUUACUAAAGAACCAGAAUUGGCAGAAAAAAGAGAAAAGUUACGGAUGACUAGUGUGGAGGGUGAAGAGUUAUCAAAAAGAGUGGAAGAAAAACUGAAGACAUUAAAAGACAAAAAUGGAGAUUUGUCAUUGGAAACUGCUUUAGCAUUAUUACAAACAGCAGCAAGUGAAAUGGAAGAAGAAUCUGAUUCUAUAGCAAAAAAAUUUAUGGAUGAAGGGGGAGAUUUAGAUGACUUUCUGGAACAAUUUUUAGCUAGAAGAAAAAUUAUGCAUCUUAGGUUAGUCAAGGCUGAUAAAAUGUCCAAAAUAAUUCAACGUGGUAGCGAUCCUUUCCUCAAUAACAUGCCUAAUUAUAUGAAUCCCCCACCUCUCAGUGUGAAUUCUAGUUAUUUUCCUGGUAUUCCAUCUAAUAUUCCUCCUGCAUCAGUGCCUUACCCAACAGGUCCUCUAAAUAUGCCUAUGCCUCCUCCAUAUGCAAAUGUAAACUAUUUUCAGAAUCAUUAUUAGAUUGAGUAAAAAUUCAAAGUUUUAAAAAACUACCAAUUUUUAACGCAUGUGUGCACAAGAUACAAUUGGAAAAAAAAUUAGUUCUACAUCACGUCCAAUAAUUUUCAAUUAGGUGGUUAUAGAAUUAGAAGGCAGAAAUAUAUCUGUCACUUCACAACAUUAUGGUCAUCAACCUGAUAUCGAAUUGUCAGUCAACUUGUGAUGGACGAAAAACAUGAGUGUUUCUGCCUUAAUGGUUUGUUACCGCUAAAAAAAUAAAGGCCUUUGUUGAUUUCUUCUAGAGUUUAUAAAUGAAUGAAUGCAUUAGAAGUAAAUUUAUUUUUUUAUAUGAAUGAUAUUCUAAGUGAAUUUAUCUUGAAAAUGUCCGAUGUUCAUGAACUACUAGUUGCAAAUUAAUUUUUUGCAUUAUAACUAACAUAUUUGAAUUAAGUACAGAAUAUAAGUGAGGAAAGUAACCAAUCAAACUAUUUAGUUACUAAUAUCUUUCAUAAUUUAUAUAAGGGAUCAUCUGUUGAUAAUAUUUUUAAUUCUUUGCAAAGUUUUAGAAUAGCAUAUGUGAUGUAUAUAUAUUAUGAUAAGUUGUGCAUAUUUUAUCCUAAGAAUAUAUAUUUACUCUUAACUCAA